AUGCCAGGCCAGGAGCUCGCUCGGCCCAACCCCCCGCCCGCGCCCUCGCAGCUCCCCGACUCCAUCCUCGACUAUCGUGUCCAGCUCAACAUUCGUGGCGUCCUUACUCCCGAUGAGCGCGAGGCCAUCUCCGAGUUCCGCCGCGCUGCCAAUUACAUUGCCGGAGCGAUGAUCUUCCUCAAGCACAACACCCUUCUUACCCGCAACCUCACCCCGGACGACAUCAAGCCCCGCCUUCUUGGCCAUUGGGGGACCUGCCCCGGCCUCUCCCUCGUAUACGCCCACACAAACCGCCUCAUCUGCAAGACCGGCAUCAACGCCCUCUAUGUCGUCGGCCCCGGCCAUGGCGCCCCGGCCAUCCUCGCUUGCCUAUGGCUCGAGAACUCUCUCCGUGCCUUCUUACCCAGUAACACCCGCGACAAACAUGGCUUGCAUCACUUGAUCUCGGGCUUCAGUGCCCCCGGAGGUUUCCCCAGCCAUAUCAAUGCAGAAACUCCGGGCUCCAUCCACGAAGGUGGCGAGCUCGGAUACGCCCUCAGCGUCUCCUUCGGCGCCAUCAUGGACAAACCCGACCUCGUCUCUGUAUGCGUCGUUGGUGACGGCGAAGCAGAGACGGGUCCCACCGCAACCGCAUGGCACGGCUACAAAUACAUCGACCCGGCCGAGUCCGGCGCUGUGCUGCCCAUCGUGCACGUCAACGGCUUCAAGAUCUCGGAGCGCACGAUCUACGGCACAAUGGACGACAAGGAGCUCACCGCGCUGUUCACCGGCUACGGCUACCAGGUGCGCUUCGUCGAGGACCUCGAGCAUAUCGACGAGGACAUGGCCGCCUCGAUGGACUGGGCACUGAGCGAGAUCAGGCGCAUUCAGCAGGCGGCCCGCACCGGCCACCCCAUCGUCAAGCCGCGCUGGCCCGUGCUCAUCCUCCGCACCCCCAAGGGCUGGACCGGCCCCAAGAGCGUGCAUGGCGAGUACAUCGAGGGCUCGUUCCACGCGCACCAGGUCCCCCUCCCCGAGGCGAAGACGGAUCCCGGCGAGCUUAAGCAGCUCCAGGACUGGCUCGCGUCGUACAACCCCGGCGAGCUCUUUGGAGAGCACGGCGUGCCGAAUGUGAGAAUUCUCUCUGUAAUCCCUACCGAAGACUCGAAGAAGCUCGGACAGCGCAAGGAAGUAUAUGCCGCGUACACCCCGCUCUCAGUGCCGGACUGGAUGCCAUUGGCCGUCGAGAAGGGAUCGGAGCACAGCUGCAUGCAGCUCGUUGGCGAGUUCCUCCACGAGGUCAUCAAGGAGAACCCGCACACGUUCCGCAUCUUCUCGCCCGACGAGCUCGUGUCCAACAAGCUCGACGCGGUCCUGCGGGAUAGCUCGCGCAAUUUCCAGUGGGACGAGGCGUCGCGCGCGCGCGGCGGGCGGGUGAUCGAAAUCCUGUCGGAGCACACGUGCCAGGGGAUGCUGCAGGGUUACACGCUGACAGGGCGCACGGGCCUGUUCCCGAGCUACGAGGCGUUCCUGGGCAUCGUGCACACGAUGAUGGUGCAGUACAGCAAGUUCGUGAAGAUAGCGCACGAGACGACGUGGCGGCAGCCGGUAGGCAGCUUCAAUUACCUCGAGACGUCCACCUGGACCCGCCAGGAGCACAAUGGGUUCUCGCACCAGAACCCGUCGUUCAUCGGCGCGGUGCUGGAUCUGAAGCCGGCGCUCGCGCGGGUGUACUUCCCGCCCGACGCGAAUUGUUUCCUGACGACGAUCGCGCAUUGUCUGCGCAGCAAGGACUAUAUCAACUUGAUGGUCGGCAGCAAGCAUCCGACGCCGGUGUGGCUGAGCCCCGAAGAGGCCCACAGGCAUUGCAUCGCGGGCGCAUCGGUCUGGAAGUUCGCGAGCGUGGAGGGGGGCGUGCGCCCGGACGUGGUGCUGGUGUGCAUCGGGGUCGAGAUGACGUUCGAGGUGAUCGCCGCCGCGGCGCUCCUGCGGAAGAUGAGCCCUGCGCUUCGUGUGCGCGUCGUGAACGUGACGGACUUGAUGAUCCUGGGCCCGUUUGGCUCGCACCCGCAUGCGCUCAGCGAUUUAGACUUUGAGACGCUGUUUACGAGGGAUAAGCCGGUACACUUUAAUUACCACGGGUACCCCGGCGAGCUCAAGGGCCUGCUGUUUGGGCGGCCGGACUUGGACCGGGUGACGAUGGAGGGGUACCGCGAGGAGGGCACGACGACGUCGCCCUUCUCGAUGAUGCUCCUGAACCACACGUCGCGGUACCACGUCGCGGCCGCGGCGGUGCGUGGGGCUGCGACGACGAACCCCCACGUCGAGGUUGACGCGCACGCGCUCGUGAGCCAGGUCAUGCAUCAGGCGGAGAAGGAUAAGGAGUACGCCUAUAAGCAUGGCCAGGAUCCGGAGGGGACGUAUGAUGUGCCGAAGUUCUACGCAUUGCGAGAGUAG